GGACUUUAAUUAGUCACACACAUCUAGAUCGACAAAACUAAUUAAACUGAAAAUGAUUCAAUAUUGUCAGUUACUGUUUCUCCUGACAGCUCUCGCCACAUUCCACGUGUCCACCACUUCAGCCGCCACCCCACCGCCGCUCUCACCCACCGCAAGGGAGUUUCUAGAAACCCACAACCAAGCAAGAUCAUCCGUCGGCGUAGCACCACUCACAUGGAGCGAGCAGCUCUCCAACAUUACUAACAAGCUGGUCCGCUAUCAAAGAGACAAAAUGGCAUGUCAGUUUGCGAACUUAACAGCCGGAAAAUACGGCGCGAAUCAGCUUAUGUCAUUCGGCGCGACGGUGACGCCGCGCAUGGCGGUUGAAGAGUGGGUGAAAGAGAAGCAAUUUUAUAACCAUAGUGAUAACACGUGUGUGCCGAAUCAUAGGUGUGGGGUUUAUACGCAAGUUGUUUGGAGGAAGUCGGUUGAACUUGGGUGUGCUCAAGCUGUGUGUGGGAAAGAUGGAAGUGGAACCCGUUUGAGUAUUUGUUUUUAUUCUCCACCUGGGAAUUAUGUUGGAGAGAGUCCUUAUUGAUUGUUGUUGUUCCUGUUAUUGUAAUUGUAAUUGUAAUGUUGUUAUGUUUCUAGUGUUGUUCAGUUUGAUUUGGAUCUGAACUUCAUGAAUUGUAACUCUUCCAAAUUGGUAAUGGAUAUUUCUUCAAUAAAAAUAGCCCUAGUUUGCGGAUCUUGAUCACAAUCUUGCAGAUCU